AUGCCUCGUCAACGCGGUGGAGCUGCCCCCCCUCGCCGUCCCACGGCUGCCCCGGCCAGGCCUGCUGCCCCAGCACCUGCGCCCGCCCGCCACUCGUCCACCGCCGCUGCUCCCCCGGCCCAGCAUGCACCUCCUGCGCAGGCCGCUCCUGCUCCCCAGGCCAGCCAGGGCCCCGGCCUUUUCGGACAGAUGGCCAGCACUGCUGCCGGUGUCGCAGUCGGCUCCUCCAUCGGCCACGCCAUCGGCGGCUUCUUCGGCGGCGGCUCCUCUGCACCAGCCGAGGCCGCGCCCCAGAACACCGACUUUGCGCAGCAGCACCAGCAGGCGUCCAUGUCGCAGAGCCAGCCGACUGGCCCCUGCGCCGGCGACAUCAAGACCUUUAACAACUGCAUGACGGAGAACCAGGGCAACCUCAACAUCUGCGGGUGGUACUUGGACCAGCUGAAGGCGUGCCAGCAGGCCGCGAGCCAGUACUAG